GAGGCGAGCUUGGCUGGUGGUGUUCAGUGAUUUCUCAGAUAACAAGAGCUUCACAUUUCUGUGGAAUUCCCAUUUGCCAGUGAGCUGCUGCUGCCGCUCGCCUGAUUGAUAUAUGACUGCAAUGGCACUUUUCCAUUUGACAUUCUCUCUCCCUCUCUCGCUCCCUCUCUCUCGCUCAAACAACAGCCCUAACUUUUGUGUGUUGCAAAUAUAAAAGGCAAGCCAUGUGACAGAGGGACAGAAGAACAAAAGCAUUUGGAAGUAACAGGACCUCUCUUUCGCUCUCAGAAGAGUGUGAGGGAAGGAAGGAGAGGCACAUUUUCCAAAGCCACAUAGAAGAUUCUUUGAUGGAUUACAACCCCAACAAAACUCCAACUUAAAAAGAACAAUGACAACCAAGAGACUUAAACCAGGUUUUUCAUCUGCCUUGAAAGGAACUGAGUCCCAGCAUUUAGAGUUCUUUUAAUACUCUACCUCCCUCUGCUGUUAUUAUUGAGAAGUUCUUCAGCAAUGGGAAAUCAUGUACUAGCGGCUUCAAUUUCCAUGCUCUCUCUUCUUGCAAUAAUGGGAGACACAGACAGUAAAACGGACAGUUCAUUCAUGACUGACUCAGACCCAGGUCGCUGUAUGAGGCAUCAUUAUGUUGAUUCCAUCAGUCAUCCAUUGUACAAGUGUAACUCAAAGAUGGUGCUGCUGGCUCGCUGCGAGGGACGCUGCAGUCAGACAUCACGCUCUGAGCCGAUGGUCUCCUUCAGCACAGUCCUAAAACAACCAUUCCGUUCUACCUGCCACUGUUGCCGGCCCCAGACCUCCAAGCUGAAAGCAAUGAGGUUGCGCUGCUCAGGUGGCAUGAGGCUCACUGCUACGUACCGUUACAUCCUAUCCUGCCAUUGUGAAGAGUGCAACUCCUAGGGGGACACCAGUUGCAAUGAGGAGAGGGGGGACACUGCUCCCAGAAAGCAAUCGCAGCCACUGAGAGCUCACCAGCACACUAUUAAAGUAUUCCUACAACCAGGACUCAUCAAGCUGGGUUGGAUUUGAGAAGUAGAAAAUGAAAGACACCAGGGCCCUGGAUUGUGCUGAUUGUGAAAACAAAGACAUCCAUCUGCUGGUCUGUGCUGAAGACAAAACCCUGGAGACAUGAACCCUUUUUUCCCCCUGAAAGGAUACUUUGGGGGGUAUAUUUUCAGGCUCAGCCUUUCUUCUGCUCUGGGAGUUUUGAAUAAGGACUGAUGGGAGUUUUUUUUUUUUGCCAGUGAACAAUAAAGACACAGAGAGAGAACAACGGGGGUCCAUCUGCUGGAGGUACUAUAUUCUACAAAAGUCAACAUUUGGAAGCAGGAUCGCUCCAUUCCUGCAUAUGACUGCUUAUUGUGUCAUUUUAUUCUCCGUCUCUUAGUUAUAUUGCCCUUCAAAAUGAACUGCGUUGAUGGUAAGGGAUAUAUGUUACUUGAUCUGGCAGACAAGUUCUGGACAAUUUUAACUGUGGUUUAGCUGAAAUUAUGAAUAAAUAAUUGAAAAGUAAACUGGAUAGCGAAUGAGGCAUGGGAAUUGUCCAUCUCUAGACGGUUCAAAUGAUUAUUUGUAGUGGAUUGCCUCACAACUUGGUGGCUGAGUGACGUUUAGGAAGAAAAAGGUCAUGCAGUUCAUUCUUUCUCCUCUAAUAUCCCAGGGGUGAUCAUUAUAGCCAGACUGUAGCUGUCACAAAAUGCACUAAUUAAAAACUAGAAACUAAGUACUGGUUUACAAUUUAAAAAUGGAGCCUCUUAAACAGAAUCUCUUCUUAAACCGGGCUGGCCUCAGGAGGAACAGAUCCCAGAGCUGCCAGAAUAAUAACAAUAUGUAGGAAUAAUUUGUAUCCAUAGAUCUCAAAGUACUUCAUCCAAAGUGAGUAAGUAUCACUAUCCCUGUUUUAAAGAUAAAGAAUCUGAGGCACAGGGGAGUUAACUGAUCUGCCUACAACAAGGCCUUGGCAGAGCCUGAAUCCCAGCUGUGUACUAAUUACUGGAUCAUGCUGCUUCUCUGCAAGGGAGGAUCCGACCACCAGUUGCCUUCCCCUCUAGGACCACUGUUGGACAAGGAAAUAGGCCUAGCCCAUGAGUUAGGAGGUUGCCUGGCAUGUAAAAAGAGAUGAUGUGUGUGUGUGUGUGUGGGGGGUCACAUGGCCCCCCAAUUUGCUGCUUGGCUUGUACUGAGCAAAUGAGCAUGCUUACAUGGACUGAGCAUGCUCAGUAACAUCUGCUGAAGCCACUGCCCUCACUGUACCUCCCUCCCCCCGCAUCGGAAGGCAUGGGUCAUCUCUGCAAAGUUUCAAAAACGGUGCCCCUAAGGUACAGAUUACUUUAUUUGUAGUUAAAGCUGGCCCUGCUCUUAAACAUUUAGCUUUUGAGAGGGUCAGUUGAACAAUAAAUACCCAUAGCCUUCCACAACAUGGAAACUACAUAAAUUUAUUUGGAUCUUGGCUCCUUUUAAUGGCGAUAUACUGAGUAGGAUAGUCAACCUGCUACAGAAUCUCUUCCCUGAACCCAGAUCAACCUAAACAGGUGUUCCAUGUGAGAUAGUCAAAGCCAAAGAAGUAGAGAGCUCAUGGCUCAUAAUGCCAUGAUUCAGUCCAGCUUCAAAUCCACACUGACACCCACAUGGAAUAUGCAUAAAGUCCAGUGUUACUCCAGCAGUAAUCUGAACGUCAUUGCACAAUAAUGAAUAGGAGGGGCAGAGGUUGGGAGUGGGUAGACAAGUCCAGAAUACAGCCCAUCUGUUGUAUGCCAUCUAAUCUGUCUUGAACAAUUGCCAUAUAUAGCAACCAGGCUUUUGGCAAUUACAUCACAGGAAUUCCAUUGAGCAUGCUCAAGGACUCCCCAAGGUCUUUCUCUAAUAUAAAGAAACAGAUUAAGUGGCCUGAAAUUGGGAAGUGAGCAUUUCCAUGGAUUACAUAUGCAUUAUUGUGGUUGACCAGGCAGAUCCAAUGUCCUUGACCAUUACCGUCCCAGGAGCACUAUGGGAAGUAGAGACAAAUGGCAGGCAUAUACUCAGCUGAAUUCUGGAGCAGGAUAUAAUUCAGUAAAAAUAGAAAAUGAUUGGGGCCAAAUGUACACAGACACUUAUAGAUAUUAGUGAUAGAUAGAUGGUAUAGACUGAAAAGAGUAUCCCCUGUCUGCUGGAGAGUAUCUUGUCAUUGAUGGCCAGUUUAAAAUAAGAACUCUUAGAGCUGUGGAUGAAGCGUGAAUCAAAUUGUUAUGAGCUGUGUAGCUCAUAGUCAAAUGCCAGGACCAUGCCUGAAGGACCACAAUGAGAUCAUUGGAUGUGAUUCAUUAUUUCAUUCUGAUGGUGAUUCUUUUCAUAUCUGAUGAAUAGUUUGAACAUGACAGAUAGGAGUGUGUACGGAGUAUUAUCACUUAACUAGUUUGUACAAGACCCCCCCUCCUCCUUCAGGAACAUUUUUGUGUGUCCAAGCUUCAUUACCUAAAACACUUCAUUAUCCAAAACAGGACCGUGUCUCCAUAUUAAUUAUGUAGAAAAUCCCCUUGAUUAUCUGAACCAUUAAUAAUCUAAAAUUAUAGUGGUUGCCCUAAUACAUUUUCAGUUUUGUCUUUGAUAACUACAUACUAUUACCUCAAAAUAUACAAAGUAUCCCUGUACUUAAGAUAGAGAAUUCUGCAUGAGCUGAAGUCAUGUUAUUUAGUUAUCAAAGGGAUUGGAAAAAUUUUAAGGGCAGCUGCUGGUAUUCAGUGUCUCUCCCCUUUCCCCCACCACAUGACAUCAAGGGGCAGAUCCUUAGCUCCACUGAAGACACCAGAGCUCUGACAAUUUACACAGGCUGGGGAUCUGCUGCUUGGAGCUUUUACUGUACAGUAGCCAAUGUCUCAAGCUAGACAGGACUGGAUUGAUGAAUAAUACCUCAUUGAAAAAGUCAUUGGUUGUGCUGUUGCUCUCUCUCUCUUUGGUAAGAAGGGGGCAGGGGGAAGGAUUUAAAGAAAGACUUUCACACCAGAGCCAACUUAGAAAAAAGAGAAUAUUUAUAGUGAGAGAAAAAAUUGGGAUAUAUUUAGUCCUGUGUCCCUUUUCCAUCACAAUGCAAGAGCUAUUAUUGCGACAGUUGGUCUCAGAAGAUAUUUGUGGUUUAACAAAAGCUUUCUCUCACACCCAAAAUUCCUUCCCCUUCUCUUGAUCCUAUAGUGAAGUCAUCUCCUUGUGACCUCAAAAUCUGUUGCCAGGCAAAUAAUUGUGAGUCAAUUCAAGUUUUUUUAACUUAAUUACAGAGUCAGAUAAAUAUAACAGAGUUGGGACUUGAAGGCGCCAACCCUAUUUGCAAGCAAGUUGAAUUGGUAAAUAACAAACUCUGAGCAAAAUCUUUAAGUUCUUACUCAGUUUUUGCUUAGCCCUUCCUCAGGUAAAACUCGUAUUGACUUCAGAAGAUAAGGGCCGAAGGCCCAGUUUUCAUGUAGCAUGGGAAUUGUCCAGUCCUAGACAAUUGAAAUGAUUAUUAAUAGUGGACUUCAUGACAACUCAGUGGCUGAAUGAUGUUUAGAAAGAAAAAGGUCAUACAGUUCAUUCUUCCUCCUCUAACAUCCCUGGGGGUUAUCAUUACAGCCAGACUGUAGCUGUCACUAAAUGAGUGCCUAAAAUUUAGCACCUAAAUCCAUAUUUAGCACCUAUAUCCAUUUUAGGCAACUAAACAAAGUACACAAAUCAUCAGUUAUGUGCAACAAUAUGGAUUCAAGUGCCCCAUAUAGAGCAACCAUCUUUGAACAUGAAGGACCACAGGAUUUGACUCGUGUGAGAAAAUAUGAAAAUUAAAUGACUUUUCCUUAGCAUGAGAUUGUACUUGAUACAUCUCUGAUAUGUUCUGAAGGUUUGACUACACUCUAAGUACCUCUAUAAUAAUGUUGUUCCUUGAGAACAGAAAGGGAAAGGGACAAUUGUCUAGAUAAUGCGGAGGGGCAGGAGGAGGGGCAGGUUCUUUGCAAUAGUGUCCUCUCCUCAGCAUCUGAAUGUGUGUGUCUGUGUGGUUUUUCUUUUUCCACUGAGGUUGACCCUUACUGAAGAAGGAUCCACCAGACUUGCAGGAUGGGCAGCUUCCUCCAAGAACAUUCUGUGGUUUGCCCAACAAGUGAUGCUCCUACAACCAAAGGCCAUCAUCACCUCUCUCUGCUUUCCUGUCUCAUCCUCCCCUUUCUUCCUUUCUCUUCAUCAUGUUCCUAAUGUGUGGGCCACAAAAUCAGACCCCCAACAAUCUCUUCUGUAUCCACAUCUACCAUGGUGCAGUACACAGCAUCAUGCUAGUUUACUUUUUAAAACCAUAGACUACUGUAUCAGCAGUGCUAUAGUUCAAUUUGAAUUGGGCUAAUUGCAUUAAAAUGAUUUACUAAUGGAGCCCAGACAGAGAAAGACACAAACUUGAAGCAUGGAAAAGAACUAUAGUAAAGAGCUUCAUCAGGAUUUUUUAUGUGUAAGAAGUGCAUUAUAAGCCAAUGUUGUAUAUCAGAGACCCCGUUAAAAAGAAGUUGUAACGUGUCAGAAUAAAAAUACCAUAAUCUAGCAUAUGUUGAGUAUUAUGGCCCCACUUCAAUGGGACCACUCGUUUGCUUAAAGUAACAUGCAUGUUUAAGUGCUUUGGAUGGGUCAGUCCCUAUAUAAAUAAUAACAAUUAACUUAAGAGCUCACUGUUUUCCUGAAGAUGUCCACAGGGACAUUAAUUACACCUUUCCUUGGCUUGUGAGCAUGGAGAACUUUUACAAAUAAGAGACCUUGAGCCUGUCUGUCUCUGCUUGGCAUAAUCAAGUGCCUGUGUCUGCUGUUUGUCCAAUGCGAAGUACAAUAAAGGGGCCUGAUAUGAAGUCCAUUGACAUUAAGGGGAGUCCAUCGUCUUUGAUGGGCUUCAGAUCAGGACCUAAAUGAGCACUUCUUACUAUCCAUCAAAUAACAAAUUAAAACAUUUUAUAAUCUCAGAGACAGGUGUGCGACAGGGCAACUCUAGCAGAUUUGCACUGACACACAGACGGAGGUGUAUAAUUUUCAGUUAAAUGUGUUUUUGUGAACGGGCAAGAAGAAUAAAAAAUAGAAGUUACCGCAGCAAUGGAAUAUUCCAGUCUCCUGCUCUUGUGUGUGUCUUUCUUCAGUACUGCUUCUGCUUUUUAGAAUCUGAUUUGGGAAGAAGAGCUACUUAGAAUGCUGGUGUGUCCUUUUCUGGUGUAUUUCAGUGCCGUUUUCCUAUGCUACUAAAGUCAAUGGAAGGUUUGCAAUGCAGUUUGAGAGGAAUGGGAUUAGGCCCUAAAGAAAAGAGAGCUCUGCGUAGCAGGGAAUUUGCCCUCUAGCUCUGUGCAUAGGUAUUUUUCAGAAAAUCCAAACAGCUUAAAAAAUUCAGAGUACCAGCAGGAGACUGAAACAGAUCACCAUGAGCAUAUUGAGCUCCUGUAUUUUUCUUACCUUUUUUGACUCGAUAGAUGUUUGAAACACAAAGGUUGAAACAAAAAACUUAGUGCAGCACAAGUGAUUGACAACUUUACUAGAGAUAUUACACUACUACAGAUGUAACAGGUGCCCUUACAAAUAUGCUGUACAGAGUGUUUUAAACUAGCUGUAGGUCAGCUUCUUAUAUGGUGCAAGUGCAAAAAGGGGUGGUCGGAAAUGUGAAUAAUGAGUCUAUCCCUGGUAUUCUGUGAGGAAUGGGUCAAAAUCUUUACAUGUGGCUCAAAGAAAUUCUGGACAGGUAAUCAACAGCCUCCAAAUUACUUAGCCAGGCAGGGUGUUGUACAGAUAUGGGCCCUUCAGUGAUUUGUGCUAGGAGAAAGCUGCUUUACAUAAAUCAGAAGACAGUACUCCAGCAUUCAAGGGUCUUAUUGGUAGGAAUAAGCAUUCCUAUUGGGGCUUCACAGAGAAAUGCAUCUUCCAGAAAUACCAAUGUUGUUAACAGACCAUUUUGGAACAUUGUGAGGAAUUUAAAAGGGAUUUCAAAGAAACACCAUAAAUCUUUUACCUGUGAAAAAAAUCAACCCUUCCUUUAGCCAGCUGACCAAAAUUAACCAAUAACAACAUGGCUCAUUUAAAAAACAAAAUUUAAAAAAAAUAUAAAACUCCCUGAGUAAUUUACUAACCAGAGCAUCAUUUGCUAGGGGACUCAGGGGCAGUUGCCCCCUCAACUUUCAUAGGUCUAUUUGCUUCAUUAUGUUUUCCAUUUCCCGCCCCCCCCCCCAGCCCCAGCUUUGCAGGGUAUAACAUAAUCACAUAGAAUGCCUCCCACCAGAAUUUUGCUGAAAUGAUGCCCCUGUUUACAAAUAUUCUUCUUCUAGGAAGAGUUAAAGAGCUAGUCUAUAGAUAGAUCAGUUUGCCUUUAUCUGUAACCAUGAGCGCUACAUGGAUUUUAUGAUUUUCUAAUUUUCCAUCAGGACUAGGCUCUUUUGUCUGCACUCUACUUUCAAAUAGAAAAAGCAUCUGAAAACAUAAAAGCAUCCAUUCCUUUAAUAUGAAAUCAAUAUGUGGUUUUCAAUAUUGUAAUUUUGCAGCAGUAGUAAGAUUCUUAAGAACAAUCAGCCUCAGUUCACUGUUUUAUGUAGAAGCAAUUUGGUAACAUUAAAAAUGAGACUUGCUAUAUGUAAUACUGAA